GAGGCCGCCAUGGCCGGCGGUGGCGGCGCCGAGGCGCGCACCAGCCUGACCGCCUUCGUGCUGGGCGGUUCCGUGGCCGCCGUCCCGCUGCUGCUCUCUGCUCCUCCGCCGGCGCUGCUAUCCGGACCCGGCAUCCAAGGCCGGGUGGCGCUGGCGCUUCAUGUGGCGGGUAUCAACGCCGCCCUCUUGCUGGGCUGGGGACGAGCGCCGGGCGGGAUGUAUCAGAUCGCCAUCCGUGCAUGCUUCUUGGGCUUUGCCUUUGGGUGCGGCUUGUUGCUCAGCUUUGGACAAUCUUCAUGGAAGCAUUUCGGCUGGUACAUGUGCUCUCUGUCUGUCUUUCAUUAUUCUGAAUACUUGGUGACAGCCAUAAACAACCCCAGAAGUUUGUCUUUGGACUCUUUCUUGCUCAACCACAGUUUUGAGUAUAAUGUGGCUGCACUUUCCUCGUGGGUGGAGUUCACCGUGGAGAAAUUCAUUUUUCCAGAAAUGAAACAGAUCACCUGGUUGAGCUCUGCAGGGCUGCUGAUGGUGGUUUUUGGGGACUGCCUGAGGAAAGCCGCUAUGCUCACAGCUGGCUCCAAUUUUAACCACAUUGUUCAGAAUGAAAAAUCAGAUUCACACACUCUGGUGACCAAGGGCGUCUACGGAUGGUUCCGUCACCCUUCUUACGUCGGAUGGUUUUACUGGAGUAUCGGUACCCAGAUCCUGCUCUGUAAUCCUGUCUGCAUGAUGGGCUACACUCUGGUUUCCUGGCGCUUCUUCCGAGAACGGAUAGAAGAGGAGGAGAUGACGCUGAUCCAUUUCUUUGGGGAAGAGUAUCUGGCAUAUAAAAGACGGGUGCCAACAGGUCUGCCAUUCAUCAAGGGGGUUAAAGUGGAACUAUGAGAGCGUGAGACGAGCCUCGAAUGGAAUAAGGGAACGCAUAGCUCUGGGCUGGAGGACUGCAUAGGGAAUGGCGCCAUGUGCCCCGCUGGUACAGGAGCGGUCAGUUUUAAUACUUAGCAGUGACUUGCCUGGAGGCUUGUUAAGGGCUACGUGGAAGCUCAGGCACUCACUCCACCUUAGUUCCAACUAGAGGAAGUCUUUCUGGAUUCUCAAAGCUGCACUGAACUGUCAAGCCCCAGUCACAAGGCUGAGUUUUAUUUUUUUAAGCAAAAAAGGUCAUCGCUGCGCCACAGGCAGCUCUGAUGGGCUGAAAUGCAUCCUGGCAGGUUGUUUUUAAGGAAUGGCUUGCACUUUCAGUAUCUGGAAGGGGGUCUGCAUAGGAGUCUCACCUUUCUGGCAAAAACUCUUUAAAAAACUUUUUUGGAUUAUUCCCCCCCCCCCUUCUAAAAGACUUUAAAUUCUGGGCCCGAUGCCACAAGCCCUUUGAUUUCAAAGAACUCUCCCAAAGUGGGGCGGAGGCUUGCAGCAAUUCGACCCUCUCGAACGCAUGACCCCUUUAAAAUCACUUCUAGAAUAAUGUUAGCCUAAGAGAUUGUUGCCACUGCACAAAGACGUUUCCCUCCCAGUCAAAAUGGGUUUUCUUAAAUGCCAUAAAGCCAGACCUCCAUUACACCUCACCAAUGAAUGAAAAGUAUUUCUCUGCAUUUAAAUUUCAUGUUGUCCUGCUCUGUUUUUCAUUGCUGUCGUUCUGUCCAUGACCAACCUGUCGGGGAAAAAACUUGUCUCAUAGCCACAUGUCUGGUUACAAGCACCCUCCCUGCCUCCGUCUUACUUUUCAGCUUUUAAUUUCUGCAGAAGCUUAAAAUCUGGUUCUCUAAAGGACAACACUGUCCUCAUGUUUGCAGGAUUUUAUAGGUAUUAAGAACUGGGCUGGUAAGAACGUCUUUGCCCAUAAUGGAGCUUAAUUGUUUUGGCAAUUUUUAUUAAUAUUUUUGUGCGGGGAGGGGAUAGAAAUCAUGCCUUUGCCUGAGCAAGAGGGACAGACUUUUUAUUUUUCCUUUCAGGUUUCUCAGAGCACACUUUUGUUCAUGUUGUAUACCAAAGAGUAGCUUCGUGUUUUCGUGGUUUUAUUAACCUUUUAUCGUUAAAACGUGGCUUUAGGUUGAGGCUGGCCAAAGCUGUUUUGGUCAUGAUCCAUCUAUUGUUGGCCUAGUUGCCAUUCCCUUCAACUUUGCUGAUUUCUCAAGCUUCUCAGAUGUUCACACUUCUUAGUUAUUAAAGUUUGAAGACAUUGUGGAGGAAAAAUCUCAUGGGCCUGUUGAAUUUUGUGGAUCCCAGAGAUGCGCUGCUUCCUCUUCUCACAAUUUUUACUCUGCAAUAUUCCAUUUCACAUUCUGUUUGUUUUCCCCCCCUUCAUUGUCAAUUUGAAAUGCUUCCAGGAGAAGGAAAUGAGGCCACUUGCCGUUAGUACUGUGCGCACUUUUAAAAAAAAAUUUAAGCACCAAGAAAAGAAGAAUUCUGCAGCCUGUAUGCAUAAUGCAGUGUGCAAACUUUGUCUUAUGCUGCGGUUUUUACUGCUUUGCAAAAUUUAGUUAUGGGACAACUCUAGCCACUUAACGGCUUGCUCCACUUUCCAGCCCUUAGAAAUCUUAAUCUUCGCCACCUCUGUCUUUUGAGCAUUCAUCCCGCACAGCCCAUACCUGUUUCAGUCACAUUUUGCAGUCAGAAGAGUAAGAAAUUUUCUCUCUUUCUAUGAUUGUUUGGGUGCUGCAGCCGGCACCAGAUGCCAUGGCCCUUCAGUAUUUGCACAGCCUCAUGGCCUCUGUCCCUGCCCCGUUACAGGCUGCCUGGUUUUUUUAAAAUGUAAAGUCCUUAGUGUUGGGAAGCAAGCUGACGUAGACUGGCAGCCUCGUCCUUUGGAUGCCUAGAAAACGUCUGCUGCCGCUUCGGUAUUUGCAGAAGAAUCGAAGAUCACCGACACAGGGAGCUGUGUGUGUUGAUUUAUAUGUCUGCCUGUGUUCACGUGUCAAAUGGGAAGGGUGUGUCUGUUUUUAACAGAAAACUUGCACCAUCCCCAAUUCCCGCACAGUGUGGCUUCCUGGAUAUUUCUUCCCGGAUGUAUUCUGGUGGAAAAUUGUUCUGGGGCACGGGCCCUCGUUCUGUCCUGUUCUGUACUUGACACAGCAGACUAAGUUUGGGCUACUUCGGUCUGCAUCUUGUUCUAAGCAAUUACGUGCGAAUCUGGGUUCUGUGGUAGGGUCCGUUUUUAAGGUCUUGUUUCGGUAUGAUGCGUGCGUCUGAUCUGGAUGCUACCAAAUGUCUUUUUGAAAGAGAGGUUUUUUUUUGUCCUCUUCUCUUUCUGGUGUCUCUAUCCAAGGUACCUCAAUAAAUCAUGGAUAAGGUGCAACUUGCUGCAAGGGUAAAUUCUUCUUCGGGAAAGGAGACUGUGAGGUAUUAUCUCUUGUAUUUUGCAAUGUGAACUAGAAAUCUUUCUCAGCGUGAGAGCAGCAAAGAGAAUCUUGAGCAUUUGACUUCUUUCGGCCGGACAGCACAAAAGUAGCAACGACCUUAAUUCUUUAAUCUUAAUGCGAGGCCAGGUUAAUUGUAGCUGGAGACAAGCGCACAGUUCACAGUCUGGUUCUUCUGAGCCAGCGGUGGGCAGAUUAUAGCCCAAGAGACACACGUGGCCUGCAGGGUCUCAAGCCACUGAACAUGUUGUCACAAGCAUUGGCCUGCCAGUUUGCAGCAUUGACUCAUGGCUUGAGGCUGCCAAAGAAGAAAAAUUAAACAUUUCUUGGGCCGUUAAGAACAGCAGAGUUGGAGAGAGAGCCGGAUUUGGGUCUCUGCCCAUUUUUGAGGGCUCCAAGUUAAAAGCCAGCUUUUCCUGUUCCUAUUACCAGCAUCUGCCAGUGCUGCAAACAGGAAGAUUGUGCGUUCGUCUCAGAGACCUCAAAAGCGGGCAGACGCCUAGAUUAAACCCUUAGGCCAAAAAGCUCAUCCACCCAUCCCAGGCAGUGAUUUUUUGGCAGUUCUGAAAAUCAGGACAUCUCAAAGAGGCUCCGUUUAGUUUUCUGUGAACAAGCAAGGCUGCUCUUAAAAGCCACUUUGAUCGAGCUUCUGUGCGGAAUGAAUUCACACUUCGGUGGCCGCGUGUUUCCGCUUGGGUUGAUGGCAUUUGAAUGAGAGGAAAGCUUCUGCCAGCACAUAUGGUCAAUCUUCUGAAAUAGCAUCAUAGGAAGCUGCCUUACACCGUCAGAUGAUUGGCCCGUGCAGCCGAGUAUUGUCUGCUCUAGUUGGCAGCACCUUGGCAAAGUGUGUCUCCGCUUUCCACUUGCAAAAGGAUCCCCUGGGAGCAAAAUGAACAGGGGGCCUUCUUCAAGCAGAGUACGUACCUUCCUCAUCAAAGCCUGGGGUUGUAUCUGCUGCUACACCUCAAGACAGUUUGACUUUAAUCAUAGCUGCCUUGAUCUCCAUGGCUAACCAGGGUGGGCAAAUGGUUCACCUCGAGUGUCACCGGAUCUCCACCUGUUUUCGAGGGCUUCAAGUCAGGAGCUGGUUGUUGCUCUGCCGGCGCUGGAAACUGGAAAUGCUGGUGCCCAACUAGGAGACCUGCCCUUGAUUGGGCUGCCGAUGCAGUUAUCACUGUGAAGCAUCUUGAGGAUUAAAUUAGGGGUGGGGGCACACAGAAGUUUGCCCACCUCUGGUUUAUUUGCCCCACCCUCUUUGAGCCCGCUGACACCUUUGGACUUCUGACACAGUGUGGUAGGCACAGCCACAAAAAGCAGCGUACCAGUCACAUGGUGAAGACCAGGGCUUUUUUUCAGGGGGAACGCGGGGGAAUGGAGUUCCAGAACCUCUUGAAAAUGGUCACAUGGCUGGUAGCCCCACCCCCUGAUCUCCAGACAGAGGGGAGUUUAGAUUGCCCUCCGUGCCGCUCAGCAAAAUCUUUACCUUGCCAUUUUUGGCAAGUCCUGAUAGUCUUAAACCUUCCAUAUUUCUUAGUGCGCCUUCUUGAAAGCUUAGCAAAUUAACCAUUUUUUGUUAUAUUUACCCAUACAAGUUGCCUCUAGCUACAGAUGCUUAAGAAGUCCCAGUUUUGCUUCUGAGUAUUUUCAUUAUUGUUUUGCUGCUGCUAAUUUUAAAAAAUCCUACUUCAUCACGUCUUAGGCCAGUCACACUCUCAGCCUAACCUACCUCAUAGGGUGGUUGUGAGGAUAAAAUAGAGGAGGGGAGGAUGUAAGCUGCUUUGUGUCCCCAUUGGGGAGAAGGGCAGGAUUUAAAAGAAGUAAAUCAUAAAUAUUAAUAGGGUUGAGUCACUUCUGUUUCGUUCAAACGAAGGACAAACUCUUUGGAAUUCUGUUGUCCCCCGCUGUUCCAAUUUAGCGAUAGCUGGGUAGAUGAAUUUCUUUACUGCUGAGACAGAGCAAGUAUUGUUACGGGGGAUAACUGUUCAGUUCAGAAACCUAAUGAAGAAACAAGAGGUGGAGCAUGCCUUCAUAUGCACACAAAAGACCCCAGCGUAGCUAUGCAAUUUGGGAGGAGGCAACCCCCCCACACACACACACUGCAUUUCAAGCCACCUGUAUUCUGUCAAAGGGCAUCAUUAUUGUCACAGCUCGCUGGAUGAUGCUCGCUGCACCACAGCUAAAUGGGGCUUUGUAGUGGAACAAGAGCGUAGACCUUUUUCAUGUAAGGAAAUUUUAUAUGCUACCAUUCAGCGAGAUACCCAUCAGCAUAAAAACAUCAGCAAUGUUAAAGCAUCAUCCUAGAUAUGAUAGGAUUCUAGUUUUACCUAUGGGAUCAGACCCAUGAAGGAGUUUACCAUAAGGCAGGAUUGCUUGGAAACUUGGUAAGUCCCGCUUCCUUCUAUGUGGAUUGACUCUUGUUUGAGUCACCGGGAUGGCCAGCGCCUGCAAGUUCUCAGUAGGUGGGUGGUUAGAAUGAUUAUCUGUAGUUAUGGGUGGUGGUGGUGUGGACAUUAGAGCCCUACUUUCCUUCUCUCCAAGACUGGCAGAAUAAAUUGUCCAACAUAUUAACAAAUUGUAGAAGAAACAAUACCAAAUGAGAUGAAAGGUGCACAUUUGCUUCAGUUUACCCACUUUCUGCAGGGUGCAGAAUGCAGCUUUUCUUGGUGUGGUAUUCUCUUUGUGGGGAGGUGGUGCUCUGUUGUCUUGGUGCUGGAAGGAAGGCAGUGGGAGGGCUUCUGGUGUCCUGGCCUCACUGACAGUCCUUUAGAUGGCACUGGAUUUCUAGCCACUGUGUGUGACAGAAUGUUGGACUGGAUGGGCCACUGGCCUGAUCCAACAUGGCUUUGCUUAUGUUCUUAUGUGUGUGGUUUGUCUUGGCUGGGUACAGAAUUUUGUUUUUAAAAGUUGGGAGCUUGGCCCUUUUUUGGUCCCUUCCCUCAUUCUUUACUGUGCUGUACCAUACAGAGACAGUUUCUGUUUCCUGGGGAACAUCCAGAGACUUUCCUUGUACACUGCCGGGUGCGUUUGUUUUGUGCUGUACAAAGCUGUGAGAUGAAAGUUUGCUCUCAAAGCUGUUUGAAGCAGCCACCUGAGACCCAACACAUGGAAGACUGGUCCAUUUCCUCCCCCUAUUCACCUCUAUUUAAGAGUAAUAAAAAUAUUUUUAAGUCUUUUCUUUUGCAUACAUAGACAAUAUUUUUUUCCUUUCCUCAAAUAAAAAAUUACACCUGGUUUAC